AUGACGACUAAGACCAUCCAUGAGAACUCGCAAUUCCAGAAGCCCUUUUCCGCGUACGCCGGACGUGGGAGUCACUCGGUGGAGGGUGCCGUAAUUAAUGAAAUAGACCACAUCAUCGUCAAUAAAAGGUUCUGCCUGACGGACUUCGCUGUUGUGCCAAAGUUCUAUACGAGAUCGGACCAUCGCCUCCUCCGAGGAAGAUUUUCCUUCACAAGGAGAGAAGAGAAAGCCGCCAAGUUGAGAGAUCCCAGAACUAUCCUUAAUUGGGAUCUCUUAGCUACGCCAGCUGGCUUUUGGGAAGAUUCCGCAAUGGACAACAUCGACGAGGAAUAUAACCGGCUCGUUGAACACCUUCACGACUGCGCGAAGAAGGCUGAGUUUUAA